AAUCCUACAUGUGUGUUUUUGGCAUCCAAAGUAGAGGAAUUUGGAAUAGUCUCAAAUACUAGAUUGAUUUCUGCUGCUACUUCUGUAUUAAAAACUAGAUUUUCAUAUGCCUUUCCAAAGGAAUUUCCUUACAGGAUGAACCAUAUAUUAGAAUGUGAAUUCUGUCUUUUAGAACUAAUGGAUUGUUGCUUGAUAGUGUAUCAUCCUUAUAGACCUUUGCUCCAGUAUGUGCAGGACAUGGGCCAAGAAGACAUGUUGCUUCCCCUUGCAUGGAGGAUAGUGAAUGAUACCUACAGAACGGAUCUUUGUCUACUGUAUCCUCCUUUCAUGAUAGCUUUAGCUUGUCUACAUGUAGCCUGUGUUGUACAGCAGAAAGAUGCCAGACAGUGGUUUGCUGAGCUUUCUGUGGAUAUGGAGAAGAUUUUGGAAAUAAUCAGGGUUAUUUUAAAACUAUAUGAGCAGUGGGAGAAUUUUGAUGAGAGAAAAGAGAUGGCAACUAUUCUUAGUAAGAUGCCGAAACCAAAACCUCCUCCAAACAGUGAAGGAGAGCAGGGUCCAAAUGGAAGUCAGAACUCUAGCUACAGCCAAUCUUAAAACAUUCCGAAGAAUUCCGUAGUGGACCAGUUGGAAAUAAACCAUUGGACAGAUUUCAGUUAUGUCUUCAGUGGAACACAAAUGAAAAUGAAUAGCUUGUUUCUGUCAAGCAUAUUGGGAAGUGAUUUUAUUUUUGCAAAAUAAGUUUUUCCUUACC